UUCAUUUCCAAGUAGCAUUUGGCAAAGCAAAAGUUUUUUUUUUUUUUCGAGAAAUUUAAUUUCAGUUAAAUUUUACAAUAACUUUUUUUUCACAGUUUCUCAUAAGUUUUCUGUUCUUGAGAGACAUAAAACAAACAUAAGUCUCACUGAAAUUCUCAGUUGUCAGUGUGCCUUGGGUUAGAUUGUUCAUUUUAGUCAAUUGGGUUUUCUUUGGUGUUUUUUUUUUUCAUCUGAAGUUCAUAAAUUUCGACAACUUUCAUAUCAACUUUGUUGUGCUUUUGAUCAAAGGAUCUCCGUUAGCAUCAAUAUCGGUCAACUAUGAGUUCAGGUUGGAAAGAUGGUUUGGAUGACGAAUGCUCAGUCAUAAGUGAUAAAGGCGAGAUCGGCUUUAUUGACUUUGCUGAUGAUAAGUCUGUGCAAAGUUAUGACAUAAAUGAAGAGGGGCCAGUAAUGAUCUCAGUUCCAUUUCCUUUCCAUCAAGGGAAGCCUCAAUCCAUUCUUGUUGGACAUACUUCCAUGUGGCCAAUUACAUUAGAGAACACUACUAACGAGCCUGUUGAACUUUGGGGAGUGAGGAUAUUCUGCUCAAAUCCUGCAGAUUCAUUUACUUUGUCUCUAAUGGAACCACCUUCAGCCAAUUCAAAGUUGGAAAAUAAGCAAGGUUUCUUAGAGGGAUACUCUCUUGAGGAUAGAGUACUUCAAUCGCAUCAGACUCUUACCAUUUGGUUGUCUUGCAAGCCAAAGGACAUGGGUUUGCACACAUCUGUGGUACAUUUUGAUGUAGAGGAUAAUAGGAUUGAACGUGUGGUCUUUCUGUUGGCUGAAGAUAAUAUCUCCCAGUCUAUUGCUUCUACCAUACCAUACAGACGAGCUCCAAGAAGAAAGCAAUUUGCCGUGGAUAAGUAUGUGGUUUCCUCUCGUCCUGCCAGGCCAGCAACCCAAAGAUAUAGAUGGAAUAAGCUCUCAGAAUAUCCAAUUCCAAAAAAUAUCAGAGAGUUAAUAGAGAAUAAGCAUGUGCCUGAUGUUCUUUCAGAAGGUUUGACUAAGGAGAAUUAUGGUGCUUUCUUCAGUACGUUGCUCAUAAUGGAAGAGCUGCAUCUAGAGGAAGAUAUGAGAUCUCAUAACAUGGAACAUGUCAUGAUGAGGAGGAAAGGACUGCAGUUGCUUGCUCUUGAGGUCCCUGGGCUAGCUGAGAGGAGGCCUUCACUUGUACAUGGCGAUUAUAUUUUUUCGAAGAAUGCCUCUGGCAAUUCAGAUGAUUCUGCAUAUCAGGGCUACAUCUAUCGUGUCGAGGCUGAUGAAGUGCUCUUGAAAUUUGCAAAAGAAUUUCACACCCUUCACCAGGAUGGAAACUUAUACAAUGUUCAUUUCACAUAUAACAGGGUCAACAUGAGGAGGUUGUAUCAAGCUGUUGAAGCAGCAGAGACUUUACCGGACAAUAUUCUUUUUCCAUCUCAAUCAACCAAAAGGACGUUGAUGAAAGCAGGCCCAUUUGUGCCUUGUACUGGUACUCUGAAUGAGGAGCAGAUGCAUUCUGUUGAGAUGAUACUUGCUUGCAAAGGAGCUCCUCCCUAUGUGAUUUAUGGGCCCCCUGGCACUGGUAAAACCAUGACUUUGGUGGAAGCAAUUCUGCAGAUAUAUACAAGAAGAAAAAAUGGCCGGGUUCUUGUAUGUGCUGCUUCAAAUAGUGCUGCAGAUCACAUAUUAGAGAGACUUAUCAGUAACGAGAAUGUGAAAGUUAAAGACACUGAAGUAUUUAGGCUAAAUGCUACCAGCCGUCCCUAUGAGGAUGUUCCACCUGAUUAUAUUCGCUUUUCCUUCUUUGAGGAGUCCGUUUUCAAAUGUCCUCCACUGGAAGCCCUCAAGCGCUAUAGAAUUAUCAUAUCAACUUACAUGAGUUCAUCUCUACUUCACGCAGAAGGUGUGGACCGUGGUCAUUUCUCCCACAUUUUCCUUGAUGAGGCUGGCCAAGCAUCAGAACCUGAAAGCAUGGUUCCUAUUGCUAACCUUUGCCGAAAGGAAACAGUUGUUGUCCUUGCUGGAGAUCCAAAGCAGCUUGGUCCUGUUAUUUUUUCAAAAGAUGCUGACGCAUUUGGAUUAGGAAAAUCUUAUCUUGAAAGGCUUUUUGAGUGCGAAUGCUACUCCAAUGAAGAUGAUAAUUUCAUAACAAAGUUAGUGAGGAAUUAUCGUUGUCAUCCAGCAAUUCUAGAUCUCCCUUCGAGGCUUUUCUACAAAGGCGAGUUGAUUGCGUGUAAAGAGGAUAAUUCUUUCUCAAUAACUUCUAAGGUGGAUUUCUUUCCAAAUAAAGAAUUUCCCGUUCUAUUCUUUGGCAUUCAAGGCUGCGACGAGAGAGAAGGCAAUAAUCCAUCAUGGUUUAACCGAAUUGAAGUAAGCAAGGUCGUCGACAUCAUCAAUAAGUUAAGAGCAAGCACUGAUCUAAAUGAGGCAGAUAUCGGAGUAAUAACACCUUAUCGACAGCAAGUCCUCAAGGUCAAGAAAGUGCUUGAAACCUGGGACUUGCUGGAUAUAAAGGUAGGCAGUGUCGAACAAUUUCAGGGUCAAGAGAAAGAGGUCAUUAUUGUAUCUACAGUAAGGUCAACUGUCAAACAUAAUGAGUUUGACAGAACUUACUGUCUUGGUUUUCUCAGCAAUCCGAAAAGGUUUAAUGUUGCGAUUACUCGGGCCAGAUCGUUGCUCGUCAUUGUCGGAAAUCCACACAUUGUCUGUAAGGACCCUUACUGGGAAAAGCUCUUGUGGCAUUGUUCUGAAAACAACUCCUACCAGGGCUGCCCCCUACCCGAAAGGCAGAACCAUGACUUUGAUGAACCAUUUUCUGGAACUGGCUUAUAUAAUGAAGAAGCAGAAGAUCCCUUUUCCAAAGUAGGGGCAUGGAAUUGUUCAUUUGAAGCAGAAGCUGUUCCCUACAUUCCAAAGCCUGACGAAGCUGAGGGCUCAGAUGGUUGGAAUUAACCAGUAAUAAUAAUUUCUAUAGUUAUAACAAAACAAGCUUUUUAAUUUGUUAUCUUAAGACAAGGACAUACAUAAGACAUUAGAUUUUGUCUCCCACCAUGGCGUUUCUGACAUAGUUAUGCCUAGUUGUGGGAUUUGAACCAAUCCUCUACAUCAAAAUGUUAGAUCUUUUGCAGUAUCUGUAGUAAUUUUGAGAGAAAUAGUCCAAUGCUGAAUCCUUGUUUGCAGUUCUUUUAUGAUUUUUUACCAGCAUUCUUUAUUUUUUGUCAGAAAAAUAGGUGAUUGGUUUGGAUGGAAUCGGAUUUGGUUCGAG